CAUAUUUACAUAUAUACAUAUAUCAAGACCACUCUUUUCUUCAUUCAUCAGGAAUGAAUUAUCUACAGUCCUCCCAUCUCUAACAUUAUGUUUCUUGAUAAGGUUAUACUCUCACACGAUCAAAUGCGAUCAGAUGAACAUACCACUCACCCACCAUAUACACCACAGACUUACCAUCUGCGGAAAGCCUAAUCUCAACACGCACGUGAAGAAAUCCUGAAGCCGCCGGCCUUUUUUGCACGACCAGAAAUAUAAUGACGUUAAGCAUUGGGUAAUGAAACGGUAAACCAAGAACCUCAGAAUCACUGUAUUGUUACAUUUUGUUUACGGCUGAUACUACUGAUUUGAUACUCAUCGAAAUCGCAUCCUUACUGUUGCUCUGUUGCUCUGUUAUCCCGUUACUCUGCACUGUAUAUCUGUGAAUGGAAACGAAGAACCAGAAAUAUACAGACAAACAACUUCAUUAAAUUUCAUUCUUCAACGCCACAAAUUCAUGCAAGGUUACGAAUCAAUCAUUUCAAUAGCCUCGUUCUCUGUCGUUUCUUCGUCUCUCAGUUAAAGGGUGAAAAUAUCUCUAAUAAGCAGGGCCAAAUGUUUCAAACCAAUCUUUCAAAUAGAGCUCCUUCCAUUAUGGUUCCCGAAAACUUUCCUUCUCCAAACGCUAUUCCUCCACGAACUUCCUCGACCGGCCAUAACAACAUCAAUCAUACAAUUUCGAAAGCAGUUCUACGUCCUGUACCUGAAGGCGAUUGGAUAAGUCAGAGAAAUAGUAUGCAUACCGCACAGUCUUCAGGGACCUUGAAUCCUUCUAUUCAAGGAGGUUCUGCUCCAGAUCCAAAUAAAUACAACAAGAACGAUAUGGCAUUCCAUGGUAGAAGCUCAUGGGCGCCAGAGAAGGAGAAGAUAUUGUUCGGUCCAUAUGAUUAUUUGGAGGCACAUCCAGGAAAGGACAUUAGGAAACAAUUGAUCGCGGCAUUCAAUGAAUGGUUGGAGGUACCACCGGAGAGUUUGGAAGUUAUUACAAAAGUUGUGGGAAUGUUACACACGGCAUCAUUACUCGUGGAUGAUGUCGAAGAUUCAUCAUUAUUACGACGUGGACUACCGGUCGCACAUAGCAUUUUUGGCACGGCGCAAACGAUUAAUUCUGCGAAUUAUGUAUACUUUUGCGCAUUACAAGAACUUCAGAAGCUCAACAAUCCACAAGCGAUUACGAUUUACACAGAGGAGCUAUUGAACCUUCAUAGGGGUCAGGGUAUGGAUCUGUUUUGGAGAGAUACUUUGACCUGUCCUACCGAAGAUGAUUAUUUGGAAAUGGUUGGUAAUAAAACUGGCGGCCUUUUCAGACUCGCCGUCAAGCUUAUGCAAGCUGAGAGUAAAACCUCAAGGUAAAUACCCCCCUCCCUCCCCACUGGAUCUACAAACAUGCUAACCCCUGUUUAGGGAUUGUGUACCCUUAGUUAACCUCAUCGGAAUCAUAUUUCAAAUUCGCGAUGAUUAUCAAAAUCUUUCUUCUCCUGAAUACUCACACAAUAAAGGGUUAUGUGAGGAUUUGACCGAGGGAAAAUUCUCAUUUCCGAUUAUUCAUUCUAUUCGCGCCGCACCGGAUAAUCUCGUUCUUCUCAACAUCCUGAAGCAGAAACCGGAUGAUGAACAAGUUAAGAAGUAUGCAGUAGCAUACAUGGAACAAACUGGUAGUUUCGAGUAUUGUCGAAAAGUUCUCAAUACGUUAGGAGAAAGAGUCAAGAAAUUGAUUGAAGAGUUAGAUGAUGGAGGGGAUAAGGGCAAGGGUGUAUUGAAAAUUUUGGAUAAAAUGGCCAUCUAAUCUGUGGAUGUAGAGGAUUGGGAACUGGGUUAAGGUAUGGUUGAGCUACUUUGAUAUAUAGGGAUAUCGGAGCAUGCUGGCGUAUUUGGUCGAUGGGUAUUCAUCUUGAAGGCAUAUUUAAGGAUUGCUACUUAUUUAGGUUGAUUUAUUAUUAUCUUUCUAGGAAACUCUCAUUUUCGUUCCCCUUCAGUUUACCUGUCUGAAAGCUCUUUCAGUUUUUCUUCGUGCUAGUAUUCAAUUCUCCCUCGUUUAUUUAUCCAUACAUGUUGA